AUGUAUCUCAUCACUGUCCAGGUGAAGAGUGAAGGCCCCAAACUGGUGCCCUUCUUUAAAGCCACUUGUGUCUAUUUUGUCCUCUGGCUGCCAACUUCCAGCCCCUCCUGGUUCAGUGCCCUCAUCAAAUGUCUGCCCAUCUUCUGCCUAUGGGUUUUCCUUCUGGCCCAUGGAAUUAACUUCUUAGUGUCACACCGGAGCGCCAGCCGCAUCCUAGCGGGACUCAUAUUCUCGGCAGUGGGAGAUGCCUUUCUCAUCUGGCAGGAGCAGGGCUACUUCAUUCAUGGUCUGCUGAUGUUCGCCAUCACACACAUCCUGUACUCUUCAGCCUUUGGCAUGAAGCCUUUGGACCUCAAAGCCGGCUUGUUGAUGGGCCUUGUUUGCAGUUCCUGUUACGCCUUCCUGUACUCCUACCUCUCAGGCCCAUUCACCUACCUGGUAGCUGUCUACAUCGCCUUGAUUGGCUUCAUGGGCUGGCGAGCAGUUGCUGGCAUGCAGCUGUGCAACGACCUCUGGACAUGGACCAAGCUCUCGGCCUGCAUCGGCGCGAUGCUGUUCAUGGUGUCGGAUCUGACCAUUGCACUUAACAAGUUCUGCUUUCCUGUGCCCUACUCACGCUUCAUCAUCAUGGCUACUUACUAUGCAGCCCAAAUGCUUAUUGCACUGUCAGCUGUAGAAAGCAGAGAUGAAGAGGACUUCAGAAAGAGGAGCUAGGUGGAGUGCCAAUAGCCUGUGAACAAUGUGGGUUAUAUCUCAGGUGCUGUAGCUGCAUUCACCCCUGAGAGAGAUCUCCAUUUCUCUAGGCACGCUGGUGAUGAUGAUUUUGCUUCUUUGAAGCAUUACCUUUGGGGCUUUUUUUUUUUCAAUGGCUUUCUCUGAAUACAGCUUACUUCAGUGUGGAGUCCAGAUCAGAAAGCUUAGACUGUCCCUGCAGUAGCUCAUUCAACUUUUCCUCCUUGGAAGUGCUGUACUACUGCAUUUUACUUGCUAGUCUUGAAACUGAUGCUCAAUGUCUGCGAAGAGGAGGGCUGAUGGAAAGGAGGUUUGGCCAUGCACUGUGCUAAAAGACUUGCUUUCAAUAGUAGGCAGACAGGCACAGAUCUCUGCUAAAGUCAUAGGUAAAAAUGUAUUUAACUGACGUUAGUCUUGUGCAUUACAAACUCAGUAUGCAAACUGGAGCUAUUGCCUCUGCUGAAAGGAAGCCUGGAGGUAGAGUAAAACCAGCAUAUCCAGAUGAAGGCUGAGCUUUGGAGUCAACAGCAGCAUGUGGGGCAGCCCCCAGCAGAACCAGAAUGAAAGCAAAACACCAAGCAGAGAGCAGAGCAAGGGGUGUGCUGACAUGCAGUGCUGUGUGCUUUGGUCGCUGCUCCAGGGUAGGCCUGUCUGUAGGUGCAAGUCAGCAUUUCCCAUGUGGCAGAACAAGGCGUUUGGUGGGAUUUCAGAGGCAUCCAGGGAGCCAGGCCAGUGCGUUCCCCCCUGCCACGCGUGUGCACUUACACAGUGUCUGCAGCCACCGGUGACAGCUGAGAUGUAAUGAGCGCAUGAAGAACUUUAAUUUUUACAGCAGGACUUUGAGCAUUUGUCUUACUACUGUAUGCUCUAAUUGUUCUUAGUAUGGCAGACAGGCAUCCAACCUUUAUGCUUUUCUUCCCCAGUAUCCAAAAAACUAAUAUUCCAUAUACUCAUCCAGCUUUACGGUACUGCUGCGUGAAGUAUCUCUCUCAAAUCUUCACGUGAGCAUUUCCUGUGGUCAGGGCCCCGAUGUUAGAUGUAGAUUGUUGUUGUGUUUUGCCAGCUGGUCAUAAAUGACCAGCUUUGCACCAUUUGUUUUUGGAAAGCCCCUUUUCAGCAGAGCUUCCUGAAAAGCACUGUCCUAUGUGUUCAAAGUGCCUGCUGCUUCCUUCUCAAACUCACAUGAACGCAGUGAGAACUGCGCCAUCAGGGCUAGGAAAGCCUGUUUAAUUCUGAUCCAAAUUCUUUGGUUGGUUUGUCAGCCCAUCUGCUGAAGCAAGAUCACUUCUGACUUCAGACUCUCUUAAAAAGAUAGAGGAAGAGGUUGCCCUGAUUUUUAAUCCAAGUUCAUUUGUGAUCAUAUGUAUAUUUUCCCCUCUUAUUUAGGGUAUCUAACAGUAAGCUCUGUUUCUGCUUGAAACUCUCUCGAAUGUGCUUUUUCCUUCUCUGUCCUAGGGCUGUUCCCAUGGGCCGAGAUUCUCCCCCAAUGGCUCAUUGCAAGACACGAAUGCACUCAGGUGUGCAAAGGAAGCUUGCUGAGGCUUCCUGCACUUAAACCUGCAGCCAAACAGGGACAACCAGAGCAGACUGCACAGCUCGAAUCCAUGCAUGCCCCCAACAGCCCCUCGCUCAUGCUCCCACAGGCAGAGGGAGCAGGAGGGACAGCCCUUCAGACCAGCUAAAGAUCACCACAGUCUCCAUACCUAGCAUGCCCAGACCAUUCCAGGCAAAAGCCUGGCAUAGAGUCCCUGGCACAGUCAGCAGAGGAGGAAUUCCUCCUUGUGAGGAGUGUGGCAGGGUCAGGGGGCAGCUGAGGAAACCCUACCAGCCCUGCUAGCUUUUCCCUCAGGGCUGAGAGGUGCUGAGGGUCUCCUCCUCCCCAGCCAUGCGUGGUGGGACUGGGAGGGGAAGAAGUCCCACGACUUCUGCAUUAGUGCAAAUGCAGCCAGUAUUACAAAAAUCUGGGUUAACCAUCCUGACCCCGUGGAGUCAUCUGCUGCUUUUCAGAGAUCAGAAAGGUCAGCUGCAUUAUUAAGAGGGAAAGCAUUGUAAAUAGCACAGCCCUGUGUAAUCUCUUCUCUUUAAUGCUGUUGUGUAAUAUUGUCAGUAUUCAUUCAUUUGUGCACUAGGGCCUGCCUAGAGUAAACCGCUAAGGGGAUUUAGAGCCAUAAACAUCUUCAUUCAUCAGCAUUGCUUAUCUCCUGGCCGCAGCCUGAACCCUGCAGUGUAGCUCUCUGCGGAUGUCACCUGCUGUUACUCAGCUUGACUGUUUGCAAAUCUCUUCCUGCAACAGAUUGAUCCAGCUAAGAGGAAAUCUAAGCAUUUGGGGUGAACCACUGUCCUCCAGCAUGUCAGCAAACGGCAUAUUUCUGUCUGAUUUACAUCUCCUUGUCAUGGGUCAGUCCAGCACUCAGUCCUUAGCUGGCAGUUCUUCAGAGGAGCCCCUCACACCCUGAGCUUCCCUUUGCUUUGAGGACAAUGCAUGUGUGAUAAAGUAAGCUUUAUUUAAGUUAGAAUUUUCAUUAUAUCUUCUUCCCCUCUAGAAAUGAGUAGUCUCCAAUUUCCUGAAGAUGGCCAAGUUGCUUUUCUGUGUCUUUGCUUGCUUUGUUACCCCGCUCCACCAUCAGCCACAGGAUACUUGCAGAAAAGGAUGUUUUAAGUGAUACUGGAGGCCUGUCCUCUCCUCUCCACCAGCCAUCAGAAGUGCUGUUUCUGGUGGCAGAGGUCUCUGAGUGGCUGUAGCUGGGACAGCAGAAACACGGGCUGUUGCUCCCUCACUGUCCCCUCACCUGAAGUGGCUGGUUGGGACACAUCCUGGCCAGACACGCUGGCUCCGUCCCAGUGCUGCAGCAGCUUCAGCCUUCCCAGGAGCAUGCGGCAGAGCCCUCAGCAUACGAAGUCAGGGAGAGUCCUGGCUGCUUGGAGGUUCACCAGCGAAGGCGCUCAAUCUUCAAAAUCUCUCUCCUGCUCUGCAUUCUUCCUUUUUCCAGGAAGAUAAGAUCAUUUUCCUGGAGGCCCUUUCCUGCUGGGAAGAGACCAGCUGGUGUGGACACUGAUUUGACACAAUUUUGAGUUUCAUAAACCCUGAGAAACACUAAGCAGUUGCUGACAGCCUGUUAAAUACCUUUUUUUAGGAUUAAAACUCUUCCCUCAACCCCAGCGAGGUUAAUCUUCACUUUGAAAGGGAGCAAACAAGAAGUGGCAAUGACGUGACUGUCUGUGGCACUACCUUUGCAGGCCUUCACGUUGUCUCUGCACUGUAAAACUCUUAAGGUUUGAUCCAUUCUUCUCCUUUUCAGGCAUACAGUCUUUGAGAAACACCCAGUCUUCAGCCCAGGGACGUUACAGAGGGAAUGAAGCACUCCAGUGGUGUGCCUGGCCCCAGCAGUAUCAGUGCCUUUGCUUGCAAAGUACAGAGGCUUUCUUUUCACACUGCUGUGUUCAAACACAAUUCUUGUCUAUGGUCACUUGAGGUUACACACAUGGUCCAAUUACUUUUGUUCUCUUUCCUUUCUGUAGUUAUCACCCUCCUGGAAAUCCUUUGGAUCCUUAUUUGGGCAUACAAAAGAAGUAGCACGUUUAUUUCAGCCUUGUAUCUCUUUCUGUAUAUAGAUCCUUCUCAUGCAGAACUCCUGAUGAAGUCUAAAAAGCAAUCCUAAUUGCAGCUGGUUCUUAAAUGCUAGUAAUGCUUCUGAGCUGUGCCAGUCACACUGAUGUCAGCAAGGCAAAGCUGGUGUAGAAACUGUGGGUUGAGAAGACCAAAGCCAGAGGAUUUUAACACCUUUUCUCCUCCUCUACCAAGAAAAUUGCAUUUGUGCUUAAUACCUGGCUCCUUACUCCUCCAUAUUUAGGCAACUCUAAGACUGAUUGGUUAAAGACUCUAACAUAACUUUUAAGUAGAUUGCUGAAGGUUUCAUGUUGUAAUCAGUGGAGGUAAUUGAUAUAUUUUUAUGCAAGUAUAUAAAAUUCCCAGGACCAAUUUUGCAGAAUUUUUAGUGGCUCUUCAAAGUUUUCCAGUCCUGUAGUUUGACAUAAUGCCUGUCUGUUUUCAGCUUAUUAUCAUGGUAAUUUUGAGAGGUGUUCUGGAAGCAGCAGAUCAAAGCAAACAGCAACUGUGAAGCUCAGUGGCAGGUGUCUCUCUUUGCUUGGUUUCUGGAUACAGGCAGGGGCUCUUUUAAGCAGAGGCAUUAUAAAACUACAUUCCUGGAAGAGGAUGGGAAGUUGCUGACUUAUGACAGAAGUCCUCCUGGGCACUUCUCCUGCCUUUUAUCCACGCUUGCUCCUUUUGUGGCCUUGGGUAAGUCGCUUAAAUUUUCUGGGGCCAGGUCCUCAUCUGGUGUGGAAAGGCACAAGUAUAUGAGGGCCAGUGAGUGCAGUUACAACAGCACGGGGCCAGGCCCUCACCCCAUUUCUAAAAUGGGGAUAUUAGCACUUACCUACCUCACAAGGAUGCUGUGAGGAUUAGUGCUCAUACAGUGCUUUCAAGAUGUAAAGUGCUACAUAAGUCCCAAGUAUUAUCCUAACAUAGUGUUAAAAAUGCUUUUAGGGAUCUGCAGGACUUCUCUUAAAGCAUGGAAUGUGUGACUGCCUUUUCAGUUUGCAUCAGAUGGAAAGUAAAUGCAAAAUAUUUAUUCAUACUGGUUAACAGGAUGGGCUCAGCUGCACUUGAAUUCUGAGUAGGGUUUAGCUUAAAAGUCUGAACUCUAAUUUCAGUUUUGCAAAUGGUUUUUAGUUCUUCUAAAAGUCUCAACCAAAUUCUUAGACAUGAACCGUGCAUCCGGAUUUUGCAGUCUGGUCAUCCCUGACUGUUAGCUAGAAUAAACCCAAUCCAGCCAAAACACAGUGCUCUCACAGUCUGCUCUGGCUAUUGAAAAGGCUGGAACAGAAAAUGAAGUCAUUCUGUUCAACCUUCAUUCUGCAGAAGGUCAGCUAGGUUUCAUGGGACAACUUGCAAAGGGAUGUCUAAAUUCUAUGAUUUUAAGUUAGUUUACUGGCUUUAAAAUCGGCAGAGAGGGAAGGCCUAGAUGGAAUCAAUAACGUUGGCACAUCCUUCUUGAAUUACUUCCUUUUCACCUGAAUCAAAGAAACAGCAGGUUCUGGAGCAAAGUUGGUGCUUGUACCACCAGUCCUAGCGCCCAGAACAAAAGCUGAUCUAGAAAUACAGCUCUAAACCAUCACCGUGUUCUCAACUAGUAUAAAAAUGACACUGUUCGCUGAUUUCAAAUCUGGACCACAGCUAGAAACUACUUAUUUCUGGUAGAACUAGCUGCUGUACAAACACAAAUGAAGGCAGGGAAUUACACAACAAGGAAUGUGCGCUGCGGACAUGUGAAAUGGACCAUAAUUUUGAAGCAGCUGCAGUAAAAUCUUAUCUUAAUAUGAACUCAGAAGCAAACACAAUGCAAAUUUUUAUGGUUUCUUUAAAAUGUUUGAUGGGUUUUAGUUUUCUUAGUUCAGAGGAAAUUUUCUUAAUAUUAUUUUAUUUUUGCUCUUAUUGUGAAGAAUAAAAAUGUACAAUUCUAGAUAGACUACAAAUGAAAAAAGGUGGCCAGUUGGCAGGACUGCCAAAACUCCUGUGGUUUGUACUGUUUCUGUGGUGACACGAUGCUGCUGUAGGAUGAGCUACUGGAGCGGUGUGACGGCUCAACAGUGAGGCUGAAGCACAAGGCCAGUCUCAUGUAAGAGGGAUGCAGGGGCUGAGCCACUGAGACUGCAGUGGGAGCACGACUGGGCCAAUUCGCAUCAGUCAAAAAACAGAUAAUCAGGAAAUAAAAAAACCUUUUUCCUGACUGGUAAAAAGCAAGAAACCAAAGCCAGCCUGUUGGGUGAUGGUGCUGAAUCAGUAGACAUCUAGACCUUGCUUAUGCAGGCUCCUGCUGGACCAGGCCUUGCUCCUAAUUCACCUGGGGAGGCUUGCUCCAAGCCUACCGUGCUGGCAGGGUCAGGUCAGCAGAACCUGCUGCUUUGUUAAAUAAAACUGCAAAACAAACAAAAACCCCAUCCAGACAUGGAAGGCAAAGCGGUAGCUCUGCCUGGCUGAGACCACAGCCUGGCUGCUCUGUCCUGAACACUAAUCUCCAUGUCUUGUACCCGCGUGAGCCUCUCGCUCCAGCCCCUCUCCCACGCGUUCCAGGCAGAGUGCACUGAAAGAUGUGGCUGAGGCAGCUGCUCUCCCCCGGGGAGCCAAGCGUUUUGCCAUGUCUGAAAGUCUCUAGCACUUAAUACUUCCUCUACCAUGAUUGUAAAGGUCACCACAUGCAGUACGGCCACUUGAUCUGGGAUCUUUUCUUAACACAUUUUAAUGCUGAUUUUACUAUUUUAGUUCUUCGUUUGGAAUGUAUUUUUUCCUCAUUUCUUCUGUGUGUAACAGCAAUUAAAAAUAUUAAUUUACUGGGUAUUUUUACUGUGCAGAUACAA